GACGUGGAGGAGUUGAAUUUGGGACCACGAACACAAAGCCAUCCAUUCCACUCGAAAAUAAAAUUCAUAUCCUUGUGCCGCCUUGUUAUAUCCUCUGUAUGUCUUACAGCGAGCUGUAAUAGAAUCUGAAGAUUCAGAGCUGGUAUUAACUUCAUCAGUGACUGUGGUGCCUAGAACUAGUUAGUUGAAUCAAAUGUGUGAACCAACAUUAUUUUGUUGACCUUCAAAUAAGGAAUGCUUGCGAUAAUACAAGAUACACGGGUCCUCUUCUUGAUAUUCUUGAAAAUCACAGCAAAGAGUAACACCAGACUAGGUGAAUUCUAAAUGAAGUAAAGAAAUAGUUUGAUACAAGGGACGAUAGAUCAAACUCUUUUGUUUGAUAUUUUUGUUUCAGGUUGCUUUUGAGCCGCAUUUUAUUAUAAAUUGAUUCAGUAGAGGAUAGGCAUCCUUGGUGGGGCAACCGUGAAAGGAAUUAGUCGAAUUCGGGUAACUUAGUCCCAAGCUGAUUCACCAGCGCCUCCCCCGACAAAAAUAUAUUUUGUUAUCAUGAAACCGAGGUAUGGUUCAAAAAAUGGCGCCCUCUAAUGCCAUGCGCAGUGAACAUUUCGUAGCCGACAUUUUGUUCCAGAGGAGGAUGUUUAGUUCUGCGAAGAAAUGGGUUUGAAGGAAAGCGAACUCCGCGUUCUAGCCAUACUUGGCCUGGUUAUUUUAACACUUUGGUCAUUGUUCGGUUUAUUUUGGAGCCUUCUUCUUGUUUUCACGUUUCUGAUCUACGCGUACAACUUCGGAAGACAUCGAGCGGGAAAUACUCGACGUGAACCCGAAGAGAGAGACUCCGAACAUGAUUUGAGUUACCAGGAGAAGUUGCACAGUACUUACCAGGAACCUCCAGAUUUGCCGUUCACCGGCUUGCCGAGGGAAAAGAUUUCCCUUAGGUCACCCAUGCCAUUGCUGUCCGAAGUUACAAAGAGGCUAAGUUUUAACACGAGCACUACCACACCUUUUCAAGGAAGAAACUCUUGGCACAACAGAGAGCUUGUACCAACUCCUUAUCCAUCCAGAGGGAAUGCCUUCACUUAUCGCCGUAAACCAAAACACUUCAGCCUGUUGAACCCUGCACUCCAGAGACCCUCUACUGUUAAGAUUGCAUCACCUGAUGUCACGGUUAAUAGAACGUUUACACUAUCUAAUAGUCCUUUGAAGAAAGCAACAGAUGAUUGGAACCCAUGCAGUCGAGUCACAGUCCUCUCUGCACUCAAAGAAAGCAGAAAGAGGAGUUUAGUUGUUGAGGAUGAGGAGGACGAGUUGAUGAGGCCAACAAAGAGGAGAGAUACCAAACCAGUUGACUCUCACCUAUUUGGCAGUCCCUUGUUUGCAAGCCGUAAAAGAGUAGCCAUCCUAGAAAGUACCAAGACAACAGAUGAGAACUUCAAUAAAAAGAGCAAGGUCAUAAGUCAUAGUGAUUCAUCUGAAAUGUUACCUAGUCAAACACCUGUACAGAAGGACUCUGUUGUACAAAAGAGAAAGAAUAGGGACAGUGGGACAGAAAUAACAAAUGUAAGUGCAGCAAUGUCCAGUUUCUUGUUAACUGUGAUCAAACUCUUUCAUUUGAGUACAUUAAAAAAAUACCGGUAUAUAUGUAUAAAGUUUGAUAAUAUAACUUUGAUCAAAAAGGUUUGACUAACAGUGACUCUGUGAGCUACAAGUGAAUAUGUGAAAUGUCAUAUAUUUGAACUGCAGAAAAAGAUAUGAAAACAUGAUUGAUCAUUGCAGUCAUAAGUUGUAAAAUUAAAGCCAGAAAAAAUUCAGACUUGAACAGAACACUGUUAAUUAGCGCUGAGAACAUGAGUAGUUCUGACUGUCCAUUCCAUAGGGUAGUUUUUGUCUUAAUCGUUUUCCUUUAAG